AUGUCAAGCCAUGGGAUCCAGGUGAGCUGUCGGUCGAUCAGUGGGGGAAUUGCCUAUUCGUGCUUCGAUGGGGUCUAUCCGGCCCACGCAACUCAGGAACAAGUGUUCGAAGCAAUUGGCAGGCCUUUUGUUGCAGACCUGCUUGCUGGAUAUAACUGCACGAUCAUCGCCUAUGGGCAAACGGGUAGUGGCAAGACGUACACGACGGUAGGAGGAAGUACAUCGGACACCCGCGGACUUAUCCCUCGUGCGAUGGAAGCAAUUCUAGAGGAAACGGCAGCCAUCUACUCCACUGAAUACGACGUGUCACUCACUGCCAGCUUCGUUGAGAUUUACCAGGAGAGGUUGCGCGAUCUAUUACUUCCGCAUAGCUCACGACCCCUUCGCCUUCGAGAAGAUAAAGACCACAAUGUCCACGUCGAAGGAGCUAGCGAGAUUUCGAUUUCAACUGUUGCGGGCGGGAUGGCCGUGCUCUCAAGAGGUACCGCACAGCGAUCAACAGGCUCGACGCUCAUGAACGCCGACUCCAGCCGAAGUCAUUCGGUGCUGGUUCUAACAUUGGCAAAGAAACACCUCGCAUCCGGAACGAAGGUGCGAGGCAAAAUGUGUAUUGUGGACUUAGCUGGAUCUGAGAAGGUGUUGAAGACUGCGGCAACGGGUGUACGGAUGGAAGAAGCCAAACAUAUCAACCGGUCUUUGUCAGCCUUAGGCAAUGUGAUCAAUGCGUUGACUGAUGAAAAGGUGAAGCACAUUCCGUACCGAGACAGCAAGCUCACACGACUGCUACAAACCUCACUUGGAGGCAACGCGAAGACGCACUUACUGCUCACAUGCUCUGCUAAUAGCCAGCACAUGGAGGAAACCCUGUCGACUUUGCGUUUUGGAUCGAGAGCCAAGAACAUCCAGAACUCGCCUCACGUCAACAACGAGAACAUUGGAGCUGCCGCAGAGUACAGCGAGAUGCUCUCGACAUUGCAGAGUAAGAUUGAAAACCUGCAUAGCUACAUUCGUCAGCUAGAGAAUUCGAGAUGCCAAGCUUGCAGAGCGCGUGGAUCCGCUGAAAUGCAAAGUUUGCGACAGGCUCUCGCCAACAUGAUGCGGGAUCAUGAAGUGCAGCAGCAUGCUCACCAUGUUGCGCGAACUGUGAUGGACGUGACCGAGCAACAGCUCGACUCGCGGCACAGAAUUCAACAGCAAACUAUCGAGAGACAGGAGCUGGAGCUGCGAGAUGCACUAGCAACCAUUUCUCGCUUGGAGCAGAAGAUGACGCUUCUCGAAGAGAGUUCCCGAGGAAUAAGUGCCGAGUUGCAUCACCUGCGCGGGCAGCAGCACCAACAACACGAAGGUGAGAAUGCCGAGGUCGAGAUUUUGCGUCGGCAGUUGGACUUGUCAACUAAACAGGCAAAGCAAUUCCAGGCAAAACUGGUAGCCUCUCGACAGGAACAAGACGGAGUUGCAGAUUUGAAGGAGCUAUUGAUGAGGAAGGAGCACGAGUUAAAGUCUCUUCGCAGCGAGGUGGAGGUGCUCCGUUCAAAGAAGUUGCCAGUUGCCCUGCCAAGCACUUUCGUUCCUGUUGGCCUUCCGUCACCACAUCGAAGUCCUCAGACGCGGCCCGUCACAGCCGUCGACUUCAAAGCACUUGCCAACACAAGUCGGGGAGAUUCGAAGCUUGCCAAUAGAGCUCGCAACAGCGCAAGUUCUACGACUCGACCAUUUCGUGCUCGAUUGGUGGGGCUGCUCAACUCCCUGGAAGAGGAGACCACUGCGUUCAAGGAACUUGUCGUGGAAACGAAAGAGCGAACGCUGUCGCGGAGUGGCAGUCGGCCACGGCGUCAGCUACCGUGCUUAGAAGCUCUCUCUUCGACCGUGCCAGCCCCGCCAACACCGUAG